CUUCCGCCCUCUGGAGCUGGGACCGCAUGAGUGGCUGUGAGGAGCCCUGCCGGGGUUGGGGGCACUGUGCCCCCAGCCCCGUGCUCCUCCUGAGUCUACUUCUGACAACAGCUCCAUUUGGCCUGCUGGGGGAAGAGACCCGCCAGGUGUCUCUGGAGGUCAUCUCUGACUGGCUGGAUGCCCCCCAGAACCUGCUUCAUGUCCGGGCAGUGGGUACCAACUCCACACUGCACUAUGUGUGGAGCAGCCUGGGACCCCCAGCAGUGCUGCUGGUGGCUACCAACACCCCCUACAGCACCCUGAGUGUCAACUGGAGCCUCCUGAUCUCCUCUGAUCCUGAUGGGGCCCUGAUGGUACACCCCAAGGACAGCAUCCAAUUUUCUUCUGCCCUCGUCUUUACCAGGCUAUUUGAGUUUGACAGCACCAACACAUCUGAUGCGGCUGCAGAUUCUCCAGGAAAGUCAUAUCCUCCAUAUUCCUUGGCCGAGUUCUCCUGGAACAACAUCACUGACUCAUUGGAUCCUGCCACCCUGAGUGUUACAUUUCGAGGCCACCCCAUUCACGACCCCACUGGGGCUUUUGCCAAUGGCAGCCUGAUCUUCAGGGUGCAGGCCUUCUCCAGAUCUGGCCGACCAGUCCAACCCCCUCGCCUUCUCCACACAGCGGACACCUGCCAGCUAGAAGUGGCGCUGGUUGGGGCCUCUCCCCGGGGAAACCGCUCCCUGUUUGGGCUGGAGGUAGCCACCUUGGGCCAGGGCCCCGACUGCCCCUCGGUGCAGGAGCAGCACUCCAUUGAUGAUGAAUAUGCACCCGCCGUCUUCCAGUUGGACCAGCUGCUAUGGGGCUCCCUCCCAUCAGGCUUCAUGCAGUGGCGACCAGUUGCUUUCUCACAGAAGCAGGGGAGCCGGGAAUCAGCCAUGUCCUGCCAAGUUUCCCCUCUUUACCCCACCUUGGCAUACCUUCUCCCCCAGUCACCCAUUGUCCGAGCCUUCUUCGGGCCCCAGAGCAACUUCUGUGCCUUCAAUCUGACAUUUGGGGCUUCCACAGGCCCUGGCUAUUGGGACCAACACUACCUCAGCUGGUCAGUGCUCCUUGGUGUGGGUACCCCUCCAGUGGAUGCCUUGUCCCCGCUUGUCCUGGGCAUCAUGGCAGUGGCCCUGGGUGCUCCGGGGCUCAUGCUGCUGGCAGGAGGUCUGUUUCUGCUGCUAAGCCACAAGCGGCACUCAGAAUACCAGCUCAUAAAUUGAGGCUUGCUCACUAGACAGAAAAACAUUACUGGACUUUCCUUGCUGGUCUACAGGUUUGAGGGUCAGUAUUUCCAGCCAGCUGCUCCCUUUUCCCAUCUUGCUUUUCAGCAGAACUUCAGAGACCAGCCUCAACUUCCUGUGGACCCAGGUGGAGCUUCCUUCAAACUCUGAGGAGGGACCAGGGACAGAGUGAUUGGUAGUGGGAGAGUCCCCUCUUUUACUUCCCCGCCCCUCCACCCCCCAUUUCCCUUGAAUGAGACUCACAGGCCUAAAUGAGAGGACUUCUCACUGAUUGGCUGCCCUCAAGGGCAUGAAAUAGACUUAUUUUUUCCACA